GCAGCAUCUUAAACGUUUCUUUGUAUAUGUGUAUACAUUCGGUGAGAGCAAAACAAAACUUUUAUUUAUUUUUUAUAUAAUAAUAAUAAAUAUAAAUAAAGUGAGUAACAUUAGGAAAUGAAUAGAAUUGAAAAUAGAUGGAAAUGUAAAAAAUGAUAAGAAUGGCACAUCUGAGAGGCCGAACUUUAACAAUUAUUAUAGUUGUUCUAUUCAUAUUGCUAGUUGCAAUUUAUCAUCUUCUUAGAAAUGAAGCCGAUGAUCCCUCGACAGGAAGUAAAGUUCGCUGGUAUUUAAAAUCUAACGAUAUGUACGAAUAUGUUGGAAGUAAAAGUCAGCUUCUAUCACUCGACAAGUCCAAAGAUAAUUCUAAAAAUGUUUACGAACACAGUCAACUAUUUACAGGACACAAAAUUGUACAUCUUGAUUUAAAAGGAGCUCCGCCAAAAGUUUCCUACUAUGAUUAUCUAUUUCGAUUAUUUAAAACUCUCGGAGCAACAGGCAUUUUAAUUGAAUAUGAAGAUAUGUUUCCAUUUCAAGGAAAUUUAAUUGACAUUGCCGCUGGCAAUCAUUAUAGCAAAAAUGAAAUAAAUACUAUUCAAGAUCUGGCGAAAAAGUAUGAUCUUAUUAUAAUUCCCUUGGUUCAAACGUUUGGGCAUUUAGAGUUUGUGUUAAAAUUAGAAAAGUAUAAGGAACUUAGAGAAAUAAAUCGUUAUCCACAAUCUAUUUGUCCAAUGUACAAUAAAUCGGAAAUUCUUCUUUUUGAAAUGAUUGAUCAAAUUAUUUCGGCUCAUCCUGACUCGAAGCAUAUUCACAUAGGAGCUGACGAAGUUUAUCAACUUGGAGAAUGUAAUCGAUGUAUAGAGACAAUGGCUAAAGAACGAUGGAAUAAAAAGGAACUUUUUUUAAAUCACGUUAUAAAAGUUGCGAGGUAUAUCAAGAAAAAAUAUCCGGAUUUAACGAUUCUCACGUGGGAUGACGAAUUUAGAGAAAUCGAUUCACAGGAUUUGAUCAACAGCGGUUUACAAGGAUUAAUCGAACCUGUUGUUUGGAAAUACACGACAGAUCCAGCUUCAUCUCUCACCAAUCAACUGUGGGAGAAUUAUGCACUUGUAUGGUCUGAAAUUUGGAUAGCAACGGCUUUUAAAGGAGCAACAGCACCAGACAGAUACUAUACAGAUAUAACAUAUCAUGUGGAAAAUCAUCGACGAUGGAUGGAAAUAGUCGAAAAAUAUUCGUCACGCAUUAAAUUCAAGGGCGCAUUUCUAACCGGAUGGCAAAGGUACGAUCAUUUCAGUGUACUGUGCGAACUAUUACCUUCUGCCCUACCAUCAUUGGCAAUUAAUUUAGCCGUUCUUCAGUCAAAUAAUCCUAGUAGUUUUCCAAUGGACGUAUCACCUAAAGUAAUUGAUGCUCUCGCGUGCGACAGUGGCAUAACUUUAAGUGUUCCAGAACCACAGUACGGUUGGACGAAUUGUGCUUAUAACGGCGGUCUAAUUUAUGCGGCAAUUCUAAAAUUAUUCUCCAUUCAACAAGAAUUAAAUAAACUCAAGGAGGACAGUACAUUUAAGGGAUGGUUCACUCCGUAUAAUAUAAAAUAUUCAUUUUCAAAUCCUAGUCAUGUGGAUCGUGCUGUUGCCGAUAUAGAUAGAAUAAAAAUGGAAUUGAUCUAUUUAGAGAAAGAAUUGAGAAUAGCAAUGGAUAGUAUUUAUGACAAUUAUACAAUUCACGAGUGGAUUGAAACAAAUCUCGUACCAUUGAAUGAUGAUAUUGAACAAAUGGCGAAAGAUAAGGAUAGAAUUUUAGAAAAAAAUUCUUGGCCAAGAAGGCCACUUAUAAAACCAGAUUUAUAAACAUUUUGUUUCUAAAUUCACAGAAUUUUUUCUGUAAAUAUUAAUAAAUGUAAUUAGUUCAUUUAUUACUAUUUAUGCAAAAAUGUUACGAAAACGAAAUAUUUUUUAAUCAUGUAAAAGUCUUCUUUAAACAGAAAAUAGUUCUUAUUUCCUUUUUUCUUUUAUAAAUAUUUAUUAACUCAUAAAAUGAGUAUAAAAAUAGGAAAUAUUUUUUAAAUCGUCUUUAACCAACAUAUCAAACAGAUGAUAGAAUAAUGUACACUAUAAUUAUCUCUUAUGGUUAAAGUUAACAUUUUUUUAAACCAGUUUUUAAUUUUAUUUUUUUAAAUAUUGACUGAAAAAUUCCAAGAAAAUAUAUGUUUUAAUUCAAUUUAAUUAAUAAUUUUUGCUUUCUCAUAUGUAGGUGAACAUUUUCAAUUUUUAUUUUCGACAUACAUAUUAUUUUGAUAAUAAUAUGUAAUUAUUAAUUAUUAUUAACUAGUAAUUUGACCUCAGGAGUCCAAAAAACGUGUUUUAAUUACAGUCAGGUCUCGCUAAGUGUCGUCACUGGGAAUAUUUGGCCUAAGCCACGCCCCUUCAGUAAAAGUUGUCAUUUCAUUGGUUUAUGUUUUGGCAAAGUCGAUUUUUCGCAUUUUGUUUAAAACCUUUUUAACUAUUAAAUUAUUAUAACCAACUUAUAGAGUAUAUAAAAAAGUAUUUUAUUGGACCCUGGUUUUUAAAAUAAAAUAAUGAUUUUAACCAAUAUUGAAAAGUUAUUUAUAUAUUUCAAUUAUUAUUAUCUCUAUGAGAAAGCAAAGUGUUCGUGAAAUAAAAAACAGAGUGAAUUACAAAAAAUAUACAAAUUGUCAGCGGUUUUUUAAUAUUGUGCAAAUAUAAGGAAGGUCAUUAUGCUGUGAUUUUAAAAAUACUAAUAUCCACAUUAACACAAUUUCUUGCAUGGGUAUUGUUAAAAUAAUUCGAUGAUAAUAUUCACACAAUACUUGUGUAAAAAGUUGAAUAUAUUAUAAAUAGAUAAAAACUAUAUAAUACGUACUGAUAAUAUAAAAUAGUCAAUAAUAAAAAUAAACAUAAUAGUAAUAAUAGAAGUUAUAAAAAUAAUAAAAUAAUAAUAUGAAUAAUAAUGAAAA